CUUUCAUUCUGAUCACUUUGUUAUAUCAAAUACCAAAAACACCUUCUGCUUUCUCUUUUCCAAAAGAAAGCCGUUAUACAUAUAUGAGAUCAGGAGUCUAAUUGUAUCUUGGCAAAGAGAAAGAGAAUUUGAGGACCUGUAGUUUUCCAUUUAGGGUGGUAUCAACAAGCUGGUCCACUCAGAGGACAGCAAGCCUGUUGAAAUUGCUUUCACUUUCGUAGCUUUUUCCUUUCCAGGGAGCAGUAGCAGCCAUGGCUGAUAAGAAACCAUCCAAAGAGGAUCCAGUCAACAUGGUGAAGUUGCUGGCCAGGAACGUUCUAGAUGGCAUUUUUGAUGACUUGAUGGAAAACAAUGUGUUAAAUACGGAAGAGUUACGCAGUCUAGGAAAAGGUUUGAACUUCAUGGUGAACAACGCUGGAAACCUAGUUGAUAAUAUCACUGAGAAAGCGCAAAUGGCAGGCAAAAUACUUAAGGACCGCCUAUUGAGUCACCCAAAACAGCUGAGUUUAGAUAUAUCCAGUGAUGGAGAAAGAGGGCCGAACACGCCUGGCCUCAUCAUCUGCAACAAAGAAUUCCACUAUCUUCUUAAUCGAAAUGGUUCUGAACUUGACCUUUUGGGGAUGCAAGAUCUACUUGAAAACCUUGGAUACUCAGUGGUUAUAGAAGAGAAUCUCACAGCUCAGGAAAUGGAAACAGCCCUAAGGCAGUUUGCUGCUCGCCCAGAGCACCAGUCCUCGGACAGCACAUUCCUGGUGUUCAUGUCACAUGGCAUCCUGAAUGGAAUCUGUGGAACUAAGCACUGGGAUCAAGAGCCAGAUGUUCUUCACGAUGACACCAUCUUCGAAAUUUUCAACAACCGUAACUGCCGGAGUCUGAGAGACAAACCCAAGGUCAUCAUCAUGCAAGCCUGCCGAGGCAGUGGUGCUGGGAUUGUUUGGUUCACCACUGACAGUGGAAAAGCCAGUGCAGAUACACAUGGUCAGCUCUUGCAAAGUAACAUCUGUAAUGAUGCUGUCACAAAGGCUCAUGUGGAAAAGGACUUCAUUGCUUUCAAAUCUUCCACACCACAUAAUGUUUCUUGGAGGCAUGAAAUAAGUGGCUCUGUCUUCAUUUCCCAAAUUAUCUACUACUUCAAAGAGUAUUCUUGGAGUCAUCAUCUAGAAGAAAUUUUUCGAAAGGUUCAACGUUCAUUUGAGACACCAAAUGUAGUAACCCAGUUGCCCACCAUUGAAAGACUAUCCAUGACACGAUAUUUCUAUCUCUUUCCUGGGAAUUAAAACUCAUAAAAAGCAACUCAGGAAAAUGAAGGCAUUAUGGUGUCUAUGAAUCUGCUAUGUGAAAAGGUCAAUUUUUGAUUAAGAAUAUUUUUGUAUCAAACUGCUCGCUGUCCACCUUUUGCAAAUACCAGGCUAAAAUCAAUCUCAUAUUUUUGCUAAAUUAAUGCUUAAUAAAUUUUUAUUAUAAAA